CCAUCGCCGAGCCUUCUGAUUCUACGCACCGAGUUUGGAGAACCUAUACGCUGUGAGACUCCAGGGGUUCAUGUACUGGAAAAAUGAAGUUUUGUCCCCUCUUUCAGAGGGAAACAAGAUUUUGUCCGAAGGAAUUCCCACGAAGCAGGUGAUCUCCACCGAGCAUCAGAGUACACCGGGAGCCUCGCGUUGCAGUGUGGACUCUAAACACGCGCCAAUGUCUCACUCGGACGGAGAAUCCCAGCAGUCCAACAUGGAGAGGGAGGACACUCGCUCGUCCCCCAGCACUCCGUCCACCCCCUCCGUGUGCUCGCCGAUCUCCACCACCAGCUCGGUGCCGUCCACCGGGAAGAACAUGUGCGCCAGCUGCGGCCAGGAGAUCCUGGACAAAUACUUACUGAAGGUGAACAACCUGAUCUGGCACGUGCGCUGUCUGGAGUGUUCUGUCUGCAGGACGUCGCUACGUCAGCACAGCAGCUGCUACAUCAAAAACAAAGAGAUCUUCUGUAAAAUGGAUUAUUUCAGUAGGUUUGGUACUAAGUGUGCCCGCUGUGGGCGGCAGAUAUACGCCAGCGACUGGGUGCGGCGUGCAAGAGGAAACGCAUUCCACUUGGCAUGUUUUGCUUGCUACUCGUGUAAGAGGCAGUUGUCCACGGGAGAGGAGUUUGGCUUGGUGGAGGACAAGGUCCUGUGUAGGAUCCACUACGACACCAUGGUGGAGAACCUCAAACGAGCGGCGGAGAGUGGCAAUGGUAUCACAUUAGAAGGAGCUGUUCCAACAGAGCAAGACAGUCAGCCCAAACCGGCCAAAAGGGCACGGACAUCGUUUACUGCAGAACAGCUACAGAUCAUGCAGGCUCAGUUUGCCCAGGACAACAAUCCAGAUGCUCAGACGCUACAGAAACUAGCCGACAUGACAGGCCUCAGCAGGAGAGUUAUACAGGUGUGGUUUCAAAACUGCAGAGCAAGACACAAAAAGCACACGCCCCAUCACAGUGGGGCUCCCCCAGGCCAUCUCCAGUCCAGGAUACCCUCGUCCCUGCCCGAUGAGUUACAUUACUCCCCCUUUGGCAGUCCUGAGCGGGCGCGCAUGGUGGCCCUUCACGGGUAUAUCGACAGUCAUCCCUUCUCCAUGCUGACUUCUCAGAGUCUCCCUCACCAGGCCAUGUCGCAGCCCCAGCUCCCCCUCAGUCGCUAGCACUCCACCACUAUGACCCUCAUGACCCCUAAACCUCCGGAUCCUAACCUUUGAUCUCCCAUCACUGAAGUCUGCAGACCUGACCCGCAGGUCAUGCGGUAGUCAGUUUGAAAGAAAAGACACAUCUUACCGGAGCCCUGCCAACUCGGAAACAUAAAAAGAAACGGAAAAACGAGGACAAACUAAGAUACAUCCGUCAGUAUGUUUUUUUCUUUCUUUCUGAGGACAGGAAUAACCCACCUGCAGCCACUGUGUCAAAAAUGAUUGUGAAGCAUUUAUCAUUAGCAGGAACUCACUGACUGUAUUUUACACCACCUAAAGGACCAUUUUGCUUUACAUGUACAGCAUCCUCCACUCUAUCCAUCCGUCCUCUGACUUGAAGGAGGAAGGGAGUUUUUUAAAGGGAUGAAACUGACCGAGGAGGCAGGAGUGAAGCCCCUUGAGUGCUGUCAGAAUACUGAAGAUAAACAAAGAGGGGAAAACUUAAGGGAGAACUGUCAUGUCCCGGCACACACAGUAGACCACAUUAGAGGUAAGACUCCUCACUUAUUUCUCUCUGAGCAACUAUGAAGGAAACCUAAAUGUAAAUUAAAUAAGUUCACUGUUGAAAUAUUUUCUUUAGGUAAGACAUAGGGACUUUAUGACAUCUCAAAAAACAGAUACUUUCUACAAUACAUUUUUGGUCAAUUUUUCCACUGAAUUGAGGUGUAGAAUUACAUUUUUGUUAUAGAAUGAAAAUAUUGUGUGCCUUAUCUUCUCCAUUAUUAAAAGAAACUUUACAGCAGCGAAUCAGCUAAUUACAUUUCCAGCCUGUAAUUUGUCUCUAAACAAAGAUUUGGGUGUUUUUUAAAUUGUAUUAUGUAAAACAAGAUUUUAAAUCUUCUAUUAGUACAAAAUCAGCAUCUUGACUGUUUAACACAAAGGAAAACCACAAAGCACAAUGUCUGGGCUUAUGUGUUAAAUUAAAUUAUGGCUGUAACAUUAGAAGCUAACAGAUUUUAGGCCGCCACAAUCCUGUUACAUUUCUUUAAACUGACAUUGAAACAGAGGGAAGUCUGAGAUGAGCUAGUCAAACUACACAAUCCUACAAAAUCUGUUACAAUUUACAUAUUUUCAUAUUUCCAAACAUGUGUAUUGUCACUAAUUUAUAAUUUCUAAGGUUACUGUUCAACCUUUGUGUGUGUGUGUCUUUCGCACAAAGAGGGACAAGGAGUUUUGGUGUAUUGGUACAAUAUGGACAAUAUGAAACAGACUGGGCUUGUACAUACUGUAAGAUGUGUGUGUGUGUGUGUGUGUGUGUGUGUGUGUGUAUGUGUGUGUGUGUGUGUGUGUGUGUGUGUGUGCGUGUGUGUGUGUGUGUGUGUAUGUCUGUGUGUGUGUGUGUGUAUUGGCAGGGGUAGAGAGUGUGCAUCUGUAUUUUAGUGCCAUGGCCAUUGUGUGAAGAACAGGAUCCAACAAGACCUCAAUGUCCUUGUAUUUAUUGAGAUGGUAAAUCCCUGUAAAGCACUUUUUUCCCUCUGAAAUUGUUUUGUUUUGUUAAAAAACAUGAAAUGAAAUUAAACAAAAAAGUUUAUUUGAUAGACUGUGCAUCAUAAAUGUUUUGUGUACUAAAAUGCAAUAAAAUAGAAUGUGAUAUUU